CAUCAUGUUUUGUUGCAACAGGAAGUGACGUACAUAUAACGAUGACGUCGUAAGCGUCGCUAUAAGCAAUCAAUGCAUUGCUGCUACGGAUGAAAGGAAGUUCAUACAACGACAUACAUAUAAUGUAUAUAUAUGUUGUUAGUUGAUAAGCAAACGAAUAUGUUAGAUUUAUAUUGCACCUAAUCACAUUAAAGAAAGAUUAGACAGUCCAUACUCAGGCGUGCAGGUUUAUAUAGCGCUGCAAGUGUAUAUGCACGUAAGCUAUUCGUAACAGCAGGCGUAAUUACUAAGUUGUAAACCACAUGUUGUGUGCAGGGGAAUAGUAAAAAGAGUUUCAAAUCUGUUUAUAAUGUCGUGUCCUUUUUUGUCAAGUGCACAACAGGAAAAGACAGCGAUAGGAGAAGCGCAUGCAAAAGUGACGUAUCCAGGUCAAUUACAGCUCGCUUCAUUACUCAAUUCCCAGAACCUUCUGACGUAUCAACCGGGGAAUACCCCAGUCCACGACGAACAUUUGUUUAUCGUAACCCACCAAGCGUUCGAAUUAUGGUUCAAGCAAAUUAUUUUCGAACUCAAUUCCAUUCGUGAAAUAUUCGACAAGAAACUUGUGGAAGAUUCAGCUUUACCUGUUGCUUGUGAAAGAUUGGAUAGGAUCACGAAAAUAUUCAAUGUCUUGAUUGCUCAGUUUGAAGUCAUAUCAACAAUGGCUCCACAAGAGUUUGGAGAAUUAAGGCCAAGCCUUGGUGAUUCUUCAGGUUACCAGAGUUGUCAGUAUCGUCUACUUGAAGUGAAACUGGGUGUUAGAGAUGAUCUUAGAAUCAAAUAUGCCGAUCAAUCGUACCAAGACUCCUUUGAGGGAACGGAAUUGGAAUCUUUAAAAACAUCUCAGAAAGAAUCGAGUUUAUUUGAUGCAAUUGACCAAUGGUUGGCCAGAACACCAGGUUUGGAAGUUGAUGGUUUCAACUUCAUUGGGAAGUUUAAAGAUGCUUUGGAAAGGAUGAUUGAAGAUGGUGAAGAUAAAGAAACACCAUCACCCCUACGUGAACGUUUUGAUUCAGUAUUCAAUGAAACCAAACAUAAGGAAUUAGUUCACAAGGGAAGCAGGAGGUUCUCGUACAAAGCUUUCCAGGGAGCUCUAAUGAUUUUCCAUUACCGACAUGAACCACAGUUUCAUUACCCACAUCUUCUGCUGACUUCUCUCAUUGAUAUUGACCAGAAAAUGGCUCAAUGGAGGCAUUACCAUGCAAACAUGGUGCAAAAAAUGAUUGGAAAUUUAGCUGGGACAGGUGGAUCAUCUGGUUACAUGUAUUUACGUUCUCUAUGCAGUGACCGAUACAAAGUGUUCUUGGAUCUAGCUAACUUGUCUUCUUAUUAUAUUCCAAUGAAAUACAUGCCACAGCUGCAAACAUAGAUGCAACACAUACAUAAAGAACCUACUAUUUACUUCUCAUUUUAUUAUUACUGCAGCUUUUAAAGGUUUAGUUAGUAUAUGUUGGUUCACAUGUUUAGAAUAUUUUGAUCCAAACUGAAGGCCAUUUAUUCCAUCUUAAACCUAACAUUAGUAUCUAUUAUUAUUAAUUCAUUAAGUAGGACACCCGAGGUAUAACAUGAUCAUUGUGGAAAUACACUAAAUGUACUUAAUAGCGAUUUCAUGAAUUUUCAUGCCAUUUUUAUUUAUAUAAAUUAGUUCUUACAUGUUCCCAAUACAAUUCGUUUCACCUAAUUUUAAAUACAUAUUGUUUGUUUUCUUUUUAUUUAUUAUAUUUGACAGUUUUAAUUGCAUUUGAUCAACUGUUUAAAGCUUAUUACCUAUCUUGUAUUCCUUAUAUUUUGUACAUGUUAUUUAUUACGAACAAUCACCAUAUAGUUUGUUGUGAUAAUUUAUUGCACAUAUAGCCAAUGUAUAUGCAUAGCAUUGCAUUUAUAUUCAUCACAUACAUGACAUAUUAAACUUCAUUCCUCACAUUUUAAACUUUAUCAGCGUGUAUCUUUAAUCACUGAACAUGAUAUAACAAUGUGACAUUUUGUGACAUAAUAUCCGUGUGACAUAAUAUCCGAUAAUUUAU